UGUCUUUGCUUGCUUGCCAGCCGUAAUCGCUCCUUGCUGCAUCGAGGGCCAAGGUUUUAAAGAAAUGGAAGUAAUGAUUAAAAUUUAGAGUACAGUUUAUUACUUUACGUGUUUGAAAAAGUAAAUGGUGAAUCGUUUAUGUUGAAUAUCGUUUGAAGUAGUGUUCGUGAGGAUAUGGCUUCGACCGGCAGUACACCAUUUCCUAAAUGGCAACUAGCCAUUCUACUCGGUGCACCUUUGGCCAUUGGCUUAGGUUACCUUUAUCUAAGAAAUAGAUUAGAAGACCCAGAAAAGAAAAAAGUAGCUGAUUUAAAGGCCAAGACUACUAUUUCAUUGGAUAAUGAAGAAAAUAAUGCCAAAACUUCGGAAAAUGCCAUCGACCGUGCUAUGAAGUUGAAAGGUGCCGGAAACCGUGCCUUCCAUGCUGGUGAAUACGAUAAAGCUAUCUCUCUGUACAAUGAAGCUAUCGAAGCUUGCCCACCGGACCGUCCAGUGGAUCUGGCCACAUUCUAUCAGAAUCGAUCUGCCUGCUAUGAGAAAAGAGAAAUGUGGGAACAGGUAAAAGAGGAUUGCACCUUUGCGCUUAAGUUGAAUGAGAAAUAUGUUAAAGCCUUCCUGCGUCGCUCACGUGCAGCCGAAAAGAGUGGUGAUCUGGUUCUUGCCUUGGAAGAUGUAACUUCGGCAUGUAUUCUGGAGAGAUUCCAGGUCCAGAGUUCUCUAGUCAACGCGGAUCGCAUCCUCAAAGCUCUGGGUCGGCAACACGCCCGCGAAGCGCUUGCGAGACGGCACCCGGUCAUGCCCUCUAAGCAUUUCAUUAAAACAUACUUUUCAGCAUUUUCUGAGGAUCCCAUUACUAAAAUUCAAUUGGAAGAGAAGGCUACUGGUGGAUUUUCUAAAGCUAAACAUGCUCUUGAUGCUCAGGACUAUGAUUCUAUUGUUGAUGCUUGCACUGAAGAGCUGGAAGCUAAUGGAAAGUAUAAAAAUGAAGCUUUACUCCUACGCGCUACUUUCUAUCUGCUGCUUGGACGCCACGAUGAAGCUCAGGCUGAUUUGGUCAAAGUAAUAGACAGUGAUGCAUCAGUCAAAGUGAAGGUGAAUGCACUGAUAAAGCGUGCAUCCCUGUACACCCAGCUGGAGAACACAGAACAUUGCUUGGAAGAUUUUGCACGAGCUGCCCAAUUAGACCCAAACAAUUCUGACAUCUACCACCACCGAGGUCAAGUGUAUUUGUUAUUGGAGCGCAUGGAUGAAGCAACUGCUGAAUUUGCAAAAGCAGUUGAAUUAAAUCCUGACUUUUCCAUCGCCUAUAUUCAGAAAUGUUAUGCUGACUAUAGGCAUGCUCAGAUAAACAAGAAUGUUGGUGCAUUAAACCAGGUGCGAGCAGACUUCGAGCACGCCCUGGAGAGGUUCCCGCGGUGUGCCGAGGCAUACAUCCUGUUUGCUCAAGUUCUGUCUGACCAGCAAGAAUGGGGCCGUGCCGAAGCACUGUUUGAUUCUGCAUUGGCAGUAGAUCCAAACAAUGCUACACUGUAUGUCCACAAAGGAUUGGUACAACUACAGAAGAAUACAGACUUUGAAAAAGCAGUUAAACUUAUUAACAAAGCUAUUGAAAUGGAUGACAAAUGUGAUUUUGCAUAUGAAACACUUGGCACCAUAGAAGUACAGAGGGGAAACUUGAGGCGGUCGCUUGAACUGUUUGAGAAAGCUAUAGCUUUAGCUAAAACAGAACUAGAGAUGACACACUUGUUCUCUCUUAAAGACGCAGCAGCUGCACAACUGAAGGUGUCAGAGCGCUGGGGCCUGGACUGGACUGUCAGCUAGGCGUUCGCCCCUCAUUGCAAGUCACAUUCAACGAGAAUAAUAUCUGGAGUACUCUUUAAACGUCCAAGAAACUAAACAUUUGUUUAUAAAUCAGAUGUCUCAAUUUACAUUCUUAUCUUAUUAAAUUGACUUAAGUGUUUAUCAAUUCUUUUAAAAUAAAUAAUAUAUAUUACUGUGUUGCAUAGUUUCAUAACUGAUGGUAAUAACUCAGGGAGCCAGAUACUAUUCCCGUUGCUUGAUAGGUACUAGCCGCCGCCGACCGGCCCUGAGCGUUGGUUGUUACGGUGACAACUAGUGGUGAUAGCAUUACUGGGCUGUCCUUCCUUAGUAGUGUUGUAUUUAUUAGUAAAACAUAAAAUUUUUGUCAAAUUCACAUUGCACAUGUAAAUGACAGUACACUAAUUAAAUGCUUUUCUAAAAGUUUUUAUUCAUAGAAUAAAUCAAAUACAUAUUAAUAAAAAAAUUUAAGUGAUUUUAGGUACAUGCACUUUUUAUUUGUCUAGUGGAAAGGAAAUAAUAUAACGACAUAAUUUAUUUUUUAACGACCUUUUGAAAUUCUUGUUGGUUUGGUACUGCUGUGGUUACUCUUGUUUUUUUGUAAAUCUUUGUUUCCAUUUCUCUGCAUUCAUUCAUCAUUAAUGUGGUCUGUACACUAGGGCAAUACUUUAAAAGUACCUUAACAAACUCUGGCAUAUUUUACAUGUCUGUGUGUAAUAAUGUGGGUGUCUUUUAUUAAUUUUUCUGAAUUUUUAUAUUUCUGGACCCACUACAUUAAACAGGUAUUUUAAAAAUAUCUAUUAACAAAUUAUUAUUGUAGCUAUGAUUGGUUGAUAAUAAAUAAUAGCUACGAGAGUGGGAUAUGUUCUAUUAGGGUAGGCUGCCUCUAAAAUUGUCUGUUGAAUCGAAAAUACUUGAUGUAAGCGUUAGCUAGCACAUUAUAUAAAUAAAAAUGUUUUCAUUUAUUGAUAUAAUAAAUUGUAAAAAUCCUAUUGCAUUUAUAGGUUUUAAAAGAAAUGUGAAAUUGUGAAUAUUAUUUCGUAAGUUUAAAUUGAAUCACCUAGGUAUUUAAAUUACCUACGUAGUAUUGUUUUACAUUACAUAAUUUAGAGACUGAGCGGUAGCAUUAAUAAUUAAAAUUGUUUAUUAUAUUGAUUAGUGAUCUGUACUGUAGUAUUUACUGGACCAUUUUUUAAAGUACCAAAGAAUUUUAAAAGUUACACAUUGCCAACAUGUAUAUAACUAGGAAGUUGUAUAUUUUUACUACUAUCACAUAAAUAAUUGAUGAUAUUAUGUCCUAGAAAUAAAAUGUUAAUUUCAAUCAAUGCUGUAACACUUGAAAUUCCUUAGGUAUUUUAAAUAUUCUGUGAAUUCGGUUUAAAACAUGACAUAAAGAUCAGUACUGUUCUACAUAAUCAUGUUCAUACAAUAAAAUUGUAAAACAGUAGCACAUAAAUUGUUAACAUAAGAUUCUACAUUAAUUCCUUUCGUAAUCACAUUUAUUCCUUUUUAAGUUUGUAAUUUCCGGUGUUAUGCCUAUUCAGCUGAAAACCUCUUAAUUAUUAUGUGAAUCGUAUAAAUAAGACGUAUGUAUGUAUAGCUAUCGCUAUAAUAAUAUUAAUCACUUUUAAAUUGGUUCGUAAACGCACACUCAUACAAAUCGUUUAAAUCCCACGUGUAUUGCAUCAUAUUGGAUAGUGUAAUUAGCUUCAGUACUGUAUGUGAUAACGUUUUGUUUACAGAAGAGAACUAUCUUUAUCAAUUAAAAUUUAAAAUUGUCUUUAUUUUUAGAUUCAGUAGUUAAGUAAUUUGCUUUGAUAAGAUGAUUAUUGCAAUACUUUUACUUGGGCAUAUUUUGUUCGUAUAUAAAUCUUGUAUGUACAAAAUAUUGAAAGAGUUUAAUAUUACUCGUAGCGAUUAACACUGCCCUUAUAUCUUGCCAUUGUAUUCAAAUUAUUGCAGUAUUUAUUUAUCAGUUAAUCGAAUAAAUUGUCGCUCAGUCUUAAAAACUCUGAUUCGUUGUUGUGAACAAUCUGGUUCAAUCGUUUUGUAACAAGUGCUUCAUACUUGUAUAGAAUAGAUAGCGUUAAAGUUUCACUGUUCAGGUAGGGAGGUGCGCCUCGGGCCUGCGCGGCGGCGCGUACGCUCGCGAGGGGCGCAUUCGUCAUCGUAUAUGGCCAUAAUAAUCCCUAACUCAGUUUAGAAUUUUCAAUGUAUUUUUCAUAUGUCAUGAAUCAUAUUAUUGUAUGUAAAUUGAUGACUUGGAUGCGCCCUGCAAAAUAUCAGGUAGUUCGUGAAUUUAGGAAUUAUAGCUUGCAGAAUUGGUUCUACAAGAGUUGUUACCUCACCGAUAGUGAAUAGUUAUCAAUUUAUGAAAACUACAAAAUACAUUAUAAAAAAUA